AUGAUUGUUAAUACUAUACGGCUGUUUGCUACUCAUACUUCUAAUAAUCUAACCCAUUAUCAAAUUCUAGAUGUUUCUCCUAGUGCAUCUAUUCGAGAGAUUAAAUUACAAUUUAGAAAACUACUGAAACAAUAUCAUCCUGAUUUAAACCAACAUUUAUCUGACGAUGAAAGAGAAGUGAUGAAGGAGAAAUAUAUGAAAAUGAUAAAUUCUUAUGAAAUUUUAAAAGAUAUCAAGAAGAAAAAAGCAUAUGAUCAAUCCUUAAAUAUAAAUCAUAAAAGAGAAUGGAAUAAUAAAUAUUAUGGAGAGGCUAAAUAUUAUUCAAAAUCAGGUUCUGGUUCAUCACCAUCUUCUGCUCAUCAUUAUACUGCUCUGGGAUUAAAUACUAAAAGACAUAAAAUUAAAUAUCAUAAUGAUCAUAUGAAUAAAGAUUCAAAAUUUUCUGGGGAAUAUGUUAAUUAUGGUGAUAGAUUUGAUGUACCACAUUUUGAUUAUGAAAAACAUCUUCAAAGAAAUUUAAAAUUUGAACAACAUUUAAUUAAUAAAGUCCUUGAUAAAAAUACUCAAAUUAAAAUAUUAAAUCAAAUAAAUCGUAAUAAUCAUGAUAAAAUUCUGGAAGAAACUAAAACUAAACAUUUAUUACGUCAUGUUAAUAUGAUUAGACAUAAUCAAAAUUUAAUUAAUAAAAAUUCCCCAAAAUUUGGUACUCAUACUACUUAUUCUGGUGCUUCAACUUAUCAAAAUUUAUAUCAACGUCCUCCAAAACAUCCAGAUGAUGAUGGUUCAAUGUUUAGAACUUUUGCUAUUUUAGGUGGGGCAGCAAGUUCAUUAUAUUUAUUAUAUAGAACGGUAUUCUAA